AUGGGGGUGCAGGGGUUCCAGGAGUUCCUGGAGAAGCGGUGCCCGGGGGCCGUGGUGCCCGUGGAUCUCCUCAAGCUGGCGCGCGUCGUGUCGCGCCAGCAGCACGGGCCGCCGCUCCCCCACCAUCACCACCAGCACCACCAUCACCAGCAGCAGCAGCAGCCGUCGUCGUCGUCCCGCGUGCCCAGCCUCGCCCCCCAGCCGGGAGGGUACUGCUGCCCCCCGGGCACCCCGGGGCCGCCCCCGCCGCCGCCCCCUCAGUUACCUCAGGGGGCUCGGGUGCUGGUGGACGCGGGGUCGGCCCUGCCCCGCCUGUACGGCGGCUACCAGACGGACUGGGUGUGCGGGGGCCAGUGGAACGCCAUGCUGGGCUACCUGGCGGCCCUGUGCCAGGCCUGCGCCUACCCCGCCGGUGGUGGCGGCGGUGGUGGUGGCGGCGGCGGCGGGCUGGAGCUGGUGGUGAUGUUCCCCGGCGGCCUGGGCAAGGAGCGGCUGCCCGAGUGGGGCCGGCGGUGCCAGGCGGAGCGGCAGACGGCGCAGCUGAUCGUGGGGCACGUGGGCAACAAGGGCACCCCGCCGCCCCGGGCCUGGUUCCUGCCCCCCGCCUGCCUCAGCCACUGCGUGCGCCUGGCGCUCAUCCGCUUCCGGGUCAAGGUCUUCCAGAGCCUGGAGGACCAUCACUUAGAAGUGGUAGCUUUCUUUCGGGAGCAUGGAUUCCACGGGCUUCUUGCCCACGAUUCUGAGUAUGCCCUCUGCAACAUCCCAUCGUAUUACAGUUCCCAUGCACUGAAGUUGAGCUGGAAUGGGAAGAACCUCACAACCAACCAGUUCCUCAUGCAAGAGGUGGCCAAGCAGUUGGGUCUGAAGCGGAUUAAUUUCCCCAUAUUUGCUGCCUUGUUGGGUAACCACAUUCUCCCAGAUGAAGAUCUGGCUGCUUUUCACUGGAGCCUUUUGGGACCGGAUCACCCUCUGGCAUCAUUAAAGGUCCGCGCACACCAGUUGGUUCUACCACCCUGUGAUGUUGUCAUCAAAGCAGUCUCUGAGUACGUCAGUUCUAUUAAAGAUCCCUCGAACCUGGAUAGAAUUGGGAAAGAUGUUUUCAAACAGUCACAGUCUAGGAUGGAAGAUAAAAUCGAGCGAUUCAAGAAAGCAGUUGAGUACUAUUCAGUUGCAACCAAACUCCGCCCACUGCCCAUGGGCCCAUCACCAUUUUUAGGGUAUGGGCCCAGUCAGUUUGGAGUUCCACCCCUUCCUCGCAAUCAAAUGGGAGGUGUCCCUGGUGGAAAGCCAAUGUUUCCUCACCAGAUGCCACCGAAAAUGCAGUACCCUUCAAGCUUCCCACAGGGGCCCAACUCUGCUUUCCUUUUCUCCUCUCAACCUUUGGGGGAACCUCCCGCUUUCCCAGACGAACCAGUGCUGAAAGGGGGCUCCUUCGCCAAUUGGUCCGUCACUUAUGAUUCAUCAGCUUCCAAGUUUUCCAAUCACCUGACCUCCAAAGCCUCUCCCCCUUCUGGGCUAGGUUCUUCCCCCUCCUCUUCAUCUGAUGGGGAGGAACAAAAUGGGGGUAAUUCCAAUCACAUCUCAGAGGCGCUGCAGCACAAGCCCGGGUGGGAGGAUCCCAGCGGCGACAAAGUGCCCCAAGGCUGGGUGCAGCCGGUCAGCGCUGGCGACUCGGAUGCUAACCUGGGCAAUGCCGAGCCCCACAUCCCAUCUCUGCUGUCCAUGGCGACGCGAAACCACAUGGACAUCACCACUCCGCCUCUGCCGCUGGUAGCCCCCGAAGUCUUGCGAGUUGCUGAACACAGGCACCGGAGGGGACUGAUGUACCCUUAUAUCUACCAUGUCCUCACUAAGGGUGAGAUUAAGAUUCCUGUGUGUAUUGAGGAUGAGUGCAAUACAGAACUCCCCCCAGCCGCCAUCCUGUUUCGAACAGCCCGUCAGUACGUAUACGGCGUCCUUUUCAGCCUGGCCGAGACCCAGAGGAGACUGGAACGCCUUGCCAUCCGCAGGCGGAUCCCUGUAGAAGUUCCUCCCAUAAUCCUGAAAGAGUGGUCUGCCUACAAAGGAAAAUCUCCACAAACACCUGAGCUGGUGUCUGCGCUGACCUUCCGGGAGUGGACCUGCCCCAACCUCAAGAAGCUUUGGUUAGGCAAAGCUGUGGAGGACAAAAACAGAAGAAUGAGGGCCUUCUUGGCUUGCAUGAAGUCAGACACGCCUAGCAUGCUCAACCCGGCCAAUGUGCCCACUCACUUGCUGCUUAUGUGCUGUGUUCUCCGUUAUAUGAUUCAGUGGCCCGGUGGCCGGAUCCUGCACCGCCACGAGCUGGAUGCCUUUCUGGCUCAGGCCGUCUCUGCCCAGCUUUAUGAACCAGAUCAACUCCAAGAACUGAAGAUUGAGAAACUGGAUGCCCGCGGGAUCCAACUUGCAGCCUUGUUCAUGAGUGGAGUUGACACUGCUCUGUUUGCCAAUGAUGCCUGCGGACAGCCGGUCCCUUGGGAGCACUGUUGCCCCUGGAUUUACUUUGAUGGGAAGCUUUUCCAGAGCAAGCUGAUCAAAGCUGGACGGGAGAAAGCCCCUCUGAUCGAGCUCUGUGACGGCCAGACCGAACAGGCGGCCAAGGUGGAAAAGAUGAGGCAAAGUAUCCUGGAGGGAAUCAACCUCAAUCGCCAGGCUCCACCUCCUCUCCUUCCACCGCCUCCAUUUGUGCCCCCUAUGGUGCCACCGCCCUUCUAUCCCGUCCCUCUCUACCCCCGAGCUGUCGGGUCGAUGCCACCUCCUCCUCCUGGAAGGACUAGGGGCUUUGCUGGUCUCCACCCCAUCCCUCCACAGGGAGGGAAACUGGAAAUUGCCGGCAUGGUGGUGGGCCAGUGGGCUGGCAGCAAACCCUCAAGAGGGCGAGGUUCUUUUGGCAUGCAGGUGGUGUCUGUUGGUGGACCAGGGAAGGGGCGCGGAAGGGAGAUGAUUGGAAAAGUCCCCAAAGGAAAUAAGAAAGUCAGCAAACAAUGUUGCGCCGAAGGAGCGUUCAAACCCGGGGAAUUCAACAACAACCGCCCCCCCCACUCGCAGGUAAAUGGGAACAAUGGCACCACGGGCGAGGAGGAGGGGUGCGGCAACAGCUCUCCGGCUCCAUCACAGAGUGCCUUAUCAAGAGACAGUGAUGUGUGCAAUAACAAUAGUCCCUACUUCAACGCACUGAGUGGGGAAAGCGAUUGCUGCCGGGAAAAGAAGCUGGGAACCGCGGCUCUCCAGAAGGAGGAAUAAAUCGCAGAGCUUACUAGUGCAGGAAGUAUGAAAACAUGUAUGCUAUCUGAUUCCAGACCCAAGUUCGAGGGGGCAGGACAGGGGAGGAGGUUGGCAUUGGCCAGCGGGAGGGUGGGUUCCCAUUCUGCUCACCGAUUCUGUUCCCGAUUUGAAAGGUUGUGUUAAUAGGGGAAAUCCUCUUUAGCGGCAGGUGAGAAAUGAAGUUUGAUCCUGUUCUCAAAUUAACUUUUGGUGCGCUCUCUUUCUCCCCUACCUUGGUCCCAAAUGCCCUACCAUAAGGAUUUAUGGAAACUCGUGAUUUGAAGUCACACGAAUAUUGAAUUACACAGCAUCCUGGGGUCCUUUGAGAAGUUGCCUCUGUUGUUCAGAUUUCAGUCUCUGAACCUGUGAGCCUUUAUCGAAGAGACUGUCCUCGGGGAGAUUUCAGCCAUAAUCCAGUGAUUUUUGAAUUGGACUUGCUGACAUCUGUCUCUUCCUGGACCUGUUUUUCCCCAGGAAUGAAUACAUCAAUACUGAGGCACAAUCAAUAGUCUCCAAAGUUUUAGUAGCUACAAAUUUGGUUCAUUGACUUCUCCAGUUGCCUUACACCCUCCUUCCCCAUCCCCCCAACCCCCCCCCCAAAAAUUCCCUUCCGUUCAUCCCACUCUCCUGGAGCUUUUGUCUAAUAAUCAGAUGGGUACAUGUUUUCAGGGUUAUGGAUUUUUAAAUUUUUUUUAUUUUUUAUUUUUCUUUUUAUAAAAUGGCCUUUGUACAAGGGAAUUCAAGUGAAUUGGAAAGUGCUGGGCAGAUUUUUCCUGCCUCUGAACUGAUGUAUUGUUAUAUGAAAUGGAAGACAUGGUACAGUUCACCCUGUCACUGCUACCCAGACCCUGGAAGGUGAUGUAGAUCUUUCAGGAUUCAAGGGGCAGUGAGAGGGUUGAAAUAAGCUGAAUGAAUUUUGGGGAGCGAGAAAGGGGGUUAAAAAAGUGUGUGUGUGUGUAUGUGUGUGUGUUGUGUGUGUGUGUUGUGUGUGUGUGUGUGUGUGUUUGUGCGCGCACGCGUGCACGUGUAUGAGUGUAUACAGCAGGUGUAUAUAUGAGUGCUUGUACCUCUACAAGCAUACACACACCCUUUAUAUAGAGACAGAGAUCUAUUUAUCUAUACAUAUUAUAAAUAUAUAUAUAUAAAUAAGAACUCAUUGAUGUCCCAAAGGAGAUGUUGCAUUUCUCAGAAAUGCUCCUACAGAUAUGGAGUGGUGGGUUUCAAGAGACCAUACUCUAUAGCUUAAAAAAAAAAAAAUCUUACCAAGUCUCAGCUCAUCUCUUGAGUGAGAGGAUGGGCAUCUCCAAACCAGACAGAACUUGCUUUCCGAAGCGCAACAAGCACUUAGAGAGACGAGUACAAUCCUGUGCAGAGACCCUUUAAUCUCAUACUAUGAGAGCAAAUGGGGAAGGGUAGAGGGGGAAGGGAGAAGAACAUGGGGACUGCCUUAUGAAGGAACAGCCUGGAUUGUAGGAGAUAACAGGGAACGGAGAUUUGGAAAGCCGAAGGGCUAGAUAAAUAAAUUGAGAUUUUAGGAGAGAUCCUACAUUAGGUUUUAGGCUGCUGAAUUGAGGCGAUUCCUAUUAAAAAGUUUUCCAUAGAGGGGGUGGGGAAGAUACCUUGGGUAUAGUGGGAGGUGUGGGAAGUCAAAAGAUUUUUAUCUCUUCUGCCUAGACUGUUCCAUUUGUUCACUCGCAUUUUGACUUUCGGAUUCUUUUCAUUUGUCUUAGAAGAAAGACUUCUUCUGGGUAGGUCAGAGGACUCUGAUCUGGACCUCCCGAGCUCGUUAGCAGAGUUUUCCACAACUGGCUUCUGUCUUCAUUCCCCAAAGAGGCCAGUGCCUAAGAGUGGAAGGUGCUCUGGUUAGGUAGGAAUUCAGCUUCCACCUAUCGCAAGACAUUCGUUAGGCAGUUUUGCCUUUCCAAUCAGUGGGGUUAAACCCUCUGACUUCCCUUUGUGACUGACACUUAAGUAGUCAGAGAAGACACACUUUUUUGUAGGGGAAAGAACAUUACCAGUAGUAAGCUAGAGUGUGGUGAGAACUUUGGGGAAAGAGAUUUCUCUCCCCCGCCCCCGCCUUUCACCCUUCAUGAGAGAAAGUAACAUUGCCACUUGGUUCCGAAAUUUCUAGUAGGUUGGAUUUCUAAAGAUUUGACAAGCAGGGGGCUUCUCUUUCUUAAAAACAAACGAAGGAAAAAAGAAAAAAGCAAACCUCACCCCAUGAUAGCUGCUAAGUGCUUUUCCCCAGACUACCAAACUUUGUAUUCAUUAUGCCCUCUUAUGCCUACCAUAGGGACAUAUUGUAGGGGAUAGAAUAGUCACCGACCACUUUAUUCUUGCCAGGUAUUUCCAGUUACGGAGGAACCAUAGACCUCUUCUCUCUCCCCAUUCCUGCAGUGUUUUUUGGAAGUUUCUGGGGGAGAGAGAGAGAGAUGUGGAGUUAUAAUCCUAGAAUUUCAAUAGAGGAACCUUACAAAAGAGAAGGUACUUUGAAGGCUUCUCAUUGGAAUUAACUCAAAACUGUUCAUGUCGCUUUGCAUUCUUGGUGAAUUUAACUGUUUUCCCUCCUGAACCAGUGGUGGAAUGAUGAGGAAUCAUACAAAGAUUUCACGUGUGAAUAGGGGCCCAUGUGUUUUGUUGAGUUUGACCUCUGGCCCCUCGCUUUUUCCUUCCGUACUUCUUUGAUGGUUUCAGUGCAGUUAGGUCCACGGCCUACUGAGGGGCUGUCUCUUGAGCCUUGGGCAGUCGGGGUAGCGUGUGGAAAGGCACUUUUAGUGGAGCUAUUUCACCAGUUCAGCUUAUCCAGAGGUCUGGGAGAAGGUAACGUGGUCCACUUUCUGUCCUCUGCGGAUGUUUCACGUGACUCAAGGUAUCAGUGGUUUGUCUUCCCCUCAGCUGGGAAGAUCCGACCCUGGUCUGCGAAGUUGUCAUCGUCAUGUGGGACUGUGGACAGUUCCCAUUUCAGCAGUAGGAAUUUGGGGCGCUUAGAGAUCGAAGGAGCAGGACUUUAGUUUGCUUAUGGUUGUGCCUGUCAGCCAAAUUGGCUACAGUUGCCAGGGACCAUUGGAAAAUUACCCACCUCUUUCCCAUGUACCUUAUUUAGGUUUUAAAGGACACUCAGUUCUUCCAUAAAGUAUGUUUUUAAUGUAUGUUUGGGCAAGAUCCUGACUAGGGAAGAUUCCUCUGACAAAGCCAGCCUGUUUGGACUCAGCGUGUCACACUACCAAAGAAACUACUUGCGUUUGUGUGCGGCAUCAGAACUGAUGAGUCCAAUGAGGUGAAUUUUCCAUAAGCUAAGUUUUCACGAGAAUGUGACCCUUGCAUUACGGGGGAGCUGGGUGUAGUGAUAAAAGGUAGGACCUGAAACGCUAGUUUGAAGGGGGGGAAAGUGACCUAGUCAGAGGGAUUAAUAACUUCUAUAGGCUACAAAGCUGAAACCCACAUAUACUAUCUCUCAUUCCUCACUGUGUGUGUUCGUGGGAGAAGAAUCUAACAGGCUGAAGGAAGAACAUGCUACCCUCUGCGGUGUGUGGGCUGUGAAGAACCUGUGCCAUCCCUUUACAUAGCAAAAUCUAAGGAAAAUGUCUAGACUGUUUUCAAGUCAAACCCGGAGUGAUUCAUGGGGCUUUUCAAGAAGUCAGAAAUUUUGAGCCUGUGGAGGGACUCAUAGGAAAGUCAGGGAGAAUAAUUCGAGAUAGGAGAAAGCUCCCUCCUAGUACAAUGCUCAGCCCACAAGCGCUCAAGUAUUUUUGAUUGAUGCGGUGGUCCUAAUAACAUGGAAUUUGGCUUAGGAGCAGCUUUCUUUCAUCACCCUAGACUUCAAACCUCAUUCUUUUCACCAAGUCCCAAAAUGUGUUCAGGUUAACGUGAAUCCUUUGGCUUAUUGGUCUAGUGUGACUUGCUGCAACUGCAUGCAUCACUGUUUCCUAGUGCG